GCUAAGACCCUUUGGGUCCUGGAGACACAGAGACAGGAGAUCCCGCCCCGGCUCUGCUGCUCUCCUUGUCGGCCUUGUUUGAACAGCUCUUUGACUGUCCCCGACUAGUUCUGGAGCAGGAUCUUCUUACAUUUUGGCUGCUGCUGUUUGCUUGGGAGAGAUACCAGGGGGGACAUCUCAGGUUGGGAGAGAUAGCAGGGUGGAAAGGGGGGCUGGGGUGCAGUUGGCUGGGAAAGAGGCAGAAGACGCCACCCCCGAUUCUUUGGAAAGAAGGGAGGAUCGCUUUCCCCAUCGGAGGAGGGGCAAGGAGAGCUCUGCGCAGGCUCAGCCGGAGGGGCUGUCCCCGAUCCAGGCAGGGCUGGAAGGCGGCGGUCCUCCUCGUCCUCCUGUCGGUGCUUGCGUUAGGCGGGCGCAAGCCGUCCCCGCCACGCAGAGCCGGCGUAUGAGGAGGCAGGGCUGUACCACGCGGCUUGCGAUGCAUUGUUCCUGAGUGGAGGCCCGGAGCAGAAGGCGGCGGCGGCGGCUCGGGCUGGUGGCCCAUGACCCCUCCAGCUCGGAAACCUCCUCCCCGUCCUUCUUCGGACGCCCGGGCCGUAGCAAUUGGCCCCGGCAGCAGGAACAGCUCUUGAGGGAGCCCCGCCGUCCGCCCUCGCUCGCCUCCCACUAGCCGCCCCAGCUCGCUUGCGCCUUCGGGCCGAGCAGAUGCGUCCGAGCGGCGGCGGCGGCGGCGGCGGCAAGGCAACGCAGGAUUCUCCGAGGUGCUGCUGCUGCUGCCAACAGCUGGCAGGGGCGGGGAGGGGCCAGCCGGAGCCUGCGCCCUCGCCAGGUAGCCCCGACCCCGCCCGCCUAGCGCCUCCUCCGGCCCGGAGCUGUCCAAAGAGGGCAGCGACCGGCUGGCGCUCUCCGUGGUGCUGAAGCGCCAGGAAGGGACUGUUAAAGGCGCGCUGUUACCGUCCCGGAUCCCGCCUCCUCCUGGCCCUGCUCCCGUCGGCCGCUUCCAGCACAGCGUCGCCGCCUCCAGACCCCUCUCCGGCGCCCCCGACUCAGCGAGAGAAACGGGAGCCCGCGCGUCUGCCUCGCCAGGAGCCAUGGCUGCGCUGACAAAGGUGGCCGCCGCCUCUUCGCUGCUGGUGGUGCUUUGGGUGGGUGUCUGCUCUGCAGUCUGUGUUGAAGUACCGUCAGAGACAGAGGCAGUCCAGGGGUCACGCAUGAAGCUGCUGUGCAUCUCCUGCAUGAAGCGAGAAGAGGUUUCUGCCAACACUGUGGUGGAAUGGUUCUAUAAGGCAGAAGGGGGCACAGAUGAGAGUAUCUACAAGUACAAUGAUAAGAAAGAGGAAUUUGGGAAACGCUUCUAUGGCAGGCUGCAAUGGGACGGGAGCACAGACAUGCAGGACGUGUCCAUCUCCGUGCUCAACAUCACUCUGAAUGAUUCAGGGACCUAUACCUGCAAUGUCACCCGGGAAUUCAACUUUGAGGUUCAUCGCCCAGUUGUUACCCACUCGAAGCUGAUCCACCUCACAGUGGCAGAGAAGGCCGGAGAAGACUUCACGUCUUUCAUCUCUGAAGUGAUGAUGUAUAUUCUCUUAGUCUUCCUCACCUUGUGGCUGCUGAUAGAAAUGGUUUACUGCUACAGGAAAGUGGCUAAAGCGGAGGAGGCUGCCCAGGAAAAUGCGACUGACUACCUCGCCAUCCCUUCAGACAACAAGGAGAACUGUGCUGUGCCUGUGGAGGAGUAGACAAUGAAGCCACACAGGGGUACAAUUUGCAACUAAGGGACUCUGCAGCCACAAGGACUAUGUCAUUCAGCCAGGUUUUGUAGGAGCCCAAGACCACGAGGAGCAACCAUGAGAAAAUGUAAAUUUGUUUUCAUUUGCCUGGGACAUUGCACAGCUUUGACUUGAUGGCUCUCUAAUCUCUUGAGCUAAAGACUCUCCUUUAAGCCAUGCUGAGUCAAAGGGAUAAGAGGUGGAGCAGCUCCUUUGUUGCCAUCAUCUCAACUGGCGUUGUAAAUAACUAACUAAUCUCUCCGUCACACAGACUUUCCUUUGAGUGCUUUCAGACAUCGCAGCUUCCUCAGUGUUAAGUGGCAUUGCUUUUGGUGUUAAUUUCAUUAUAAUACCCCAGUGAUGUCACAGAAAGCUCUCUGCAUUUUCCUUGGGAAACAAGUAAGAAUGGAUUGGUUUGGGCUGAUUCCUUCAUGAGCAAAUGGAAGACCAGGCAGAGGCAAUACAGUAAUGAAAGUGUUUUGCUCUUCAAGAAAUCCUGAGAUAAGAAGAGGGAGAAAAUGUUCAAGAAGCCAGGGAUAUUUCUAGAGUACUGUAAAAGUGUGGCAAUAUUAUGCAGACACUAGAUUGAGCCCCGGGGGAAGAGUGACACCAGAAACCAAAACCUGUUUGCAUAAUACACUAAUUCCAUAUUGCAACACUCUAUAGUAUGUCAUAUACUGUGUAAAUGAGACAAGAGUAAUUAACUUCCUUGGUUAUUCUGUGAUCUGGUAAAGCCCAAACAGCAAUUUUUAAAAAUAAUUUCCAUGAACACAUGGAAGGCUGUGACAAAUAGCCACUUUACCAAACAUCUGCAUCAUGAUGCAAGUUAAAAUUCUCCUGUGCACAUGACAAGAUCGUAAAGGUCACCUGAGAAAGUAUUUUACCACAGGAUAGCACGGGCUCAUGUCAGGCCAGGGGUCCUUUGAUGUACUGAAGAGACUGAAGUGGACAACUCUAACUGGGUGGAAUUAUAGAUAGGGUGAAGAGGGCAACAUGAACCUGCUGUUUCAAAGAGGAACACGGGGUCUUUAAUAACUGCAUAGCACUGAACAAUUUGAGAGCUGCAGAUAUUCCACAGUCUCAGAAAAAGUCUGCUAAGCAUUUCCCUUGCCUCCAGUACUCCUGAUGUGGUGCUUUUCUGUCUUCACCCCUACUAUUUGAUUUUACGGCAAGAAGUUCAAAGACCUGAUCUGGUCCCCCAAGCAAUUGGUAUAAUGUUUAGUGUUGGACCAGGACCUGGGAGAUCAGGGUUCAAAUCCCCAAAUCAGUCAUGAAGCUCACUGGGCGACCUUGGGCCAGUCACUGUCUCUCGGCCCAACCUACCUCACAGGGUUGUUGUGAGGGUAACACGAAGAGGGGAAGAACUAUGUACACCACUUUAAGCUCUAUAGAGGAAGGUCAGGAUAUAAGAAAGAAAUACUAAAUAAAACACAACCUACUUUGGCAGCAGCAGCAAAAAGAAAAGAAAAAAUAAGCCCAGCCGUGGGAUGGAUGGAGGCCUGCUCCCUGACGGGUGCAAAUCCCCCACUCCUCAGUCAUCAGCCCAAUAAUUUAAUGAACACAGAGGAGGCAAUAAUGCCUCCUCCUCAACUGAUCUGCACAGAUUAGCUGGGAGGGGCAUGUUUGCCUGUGCAUAUGGCAGAGAGUGGGGUGGCCUCAUCCACCACCAGCAAGGGAUCAGAGAGUUUGUUCCCUAGAGGGGGAAAAAAAGAUUAGCCACCCCUGUUAUAAGAUCUAAAUUAAUAAAAUUCGAGCUUCUCUCUGGCAAUGGUUUGCAUUAUGGUGGGGACAGAACUGUUUUGCUGAGAACAAUUCUUUUUUUCUGAAGGCAGUGCAGGGGCAAUAGAAUUAGUUUGGCUGAAGUGAACAUGAACCACUGACAUUAAACUGAAAUUGUAAAUGUUUGCUUGGAUCAGAUGACUGCCUAGGCAUGCACAAUGCAUAUUUCCUUUCAUGCUGACUAAUAAUAUUAACUAAGCAGAAAUAACAAAGUCCUGUGUUGUAGUUAAAGACCACAAUCCAUCAUAAAGACUCAUUUUAGACCUAACAACAAACCAUGGUUUGAUGUUACAAGAAUGAGUGCCAGGGUAUGCUCCUUCCCUCUCCUCUUUCCGUGUGCAAGGAGACUAGAAGCUUCCAUUUCCAAUUAGUGGCAUGCCAUAGACUAUCCUCAAAGCAGGAUUCCAAAUGACAGUUUGAUUCUGGUUGGAAGAAAAAAUAGUUGGCUGCAUUUCAACAAAAUGGUAAACUACUAUUUAGUGACAAACCGUAGUUUCACACAUUGAGAUUAAGUGAUAUUUGCAACUACCACUAGUGAACGUAGAGCCUACAUAAGCACUUGAAUCCAACACUCUUGUGAUUGUUUGUCCCAGCAGAGUAACAUAUAUCCCCACAAAAAGCAAAUAUAGUGAAGUCCCACCUGCUGGAAGAUCAGAAAUGCUUUGCUGUCAUUGAAAUGAGCGAUGGUUCUACUCAUGGAGCAGGGGAAUGCUAGGCAAGAACACAGAACAAUUCCCCCCACCCCCUGAACACACACACACACACACUUCAUAA